GCAUGUAAAAAAAGGGAGUUUCAUGUAUAUAAAACUUAUUUCUUCUUGUUCUUCUUCUUCUUCUUCUUGUUUUUUCUUUAUUCAUACUUUUUUUAAUUUACUUUACAAACCCAAAAUCAAAAAAUUAAUUACAUAUAUAUAUAAUAUACCAUCAUGCUUCAUACAACAAAACGCGAUCACACCUCAAUCUAUUCAAAUGAUUCAACAGUAAAGACACUAUGGCAUCGUUUUCUAGCGCACUUCUAUGCACAACAACAACAAGAAGAAAAAGAACUCCAUAAACGACGACAUUCAACCUAUUCUAGCAGCGAAAGUGAUCUAUCCUCUGUGCAGACCUUGACAAAAAAGAGGAGGAGGAGAAAGGCUCGUCAAGAACAAGUACUUUCAUUAGAACCCACCCAUCUCGUCUUACCUCCCUUUAGUCCUACCUAUUGUAAAAAAAACGAAUUUCCAUACUCCAAUUUCUAUGUUAAGUUACCCAACGGUAAAUGGAUGAUACGAUAUCGAUCUGGUAACAGAGAUAUACUGGGCACCGAAGAAUUUGAAGGCUACAUGAUUUAAUUUUUUUUUUUUUUUUUUUUUUUUUUUACAUACACAAAUAUAUAAAUAAAUGUGUGACAAAACAACAAAGAGAGAGAGAGA